CAGAGCUGGUUAGACGAGCCAGUGAACCGGCCAAGGACUGAGUGCUGCAAGCCGCCUCCGGCCACACAUCUUUUUUUGGGGAAUGUCAUUUUUGUGUCACGUAACUUUUUGAUCUGAUACCGUAUCGGUUCCUCCGCUCCCGAGGACAUUUCCCUGGAUUGCAACCAUCUCUCGGAUUCUGCACGAACGGAAUACAAAGGAAAAAAAAUAAAAAAAGUUUCCUCCUGAAAUUGGGUCUUCACUCUUUCUCCUGAAUUCUGACCGGGUUCUUCUCCUUCCGACGAGGAUCUAAACUUUUUGGAUAAGAUUUUUUUAUUUUUUUUAAAGGAAGAUCUUAAGAAGAUGGGAUUAAAAUCCAAGCUCUGGUCUGUUAUUUUGCACCUUCCCAUCCUCUACUGUUUGGCUGGGGAGGUCUACUCCUUUGGUGAUGAAGAGGAAAGGCGAUGUGACCCUAUCAGGAUUUCCAUGUGUCAGAACCUUGGUUACAACGUUACUAAGAUGCCCAAUCUGGUCGGGCACGAGCUGCAGUCGGAUGCGGAACUUCAGCUGACCACCUUCACCCCUCUCAUACAGUAUGGGUGCUCCAGCCAGCUACAGUUUUUCCUCUGUUCGGUGUAUGUUCCCAUGUGCACCGAGAAGAUUAACAUCCCGAUCGGUCCUUGUGGUGGCAUGUGCCUUUCGGUCAAGAAAAGGUGUGAGCCGGUACUCAAAGAAUUUGGGUUUACUUGGCCGGAAGGUUUGAACUGCAGCAAAUUUCCCCCUCAGAAUGACCACAAUCAUAUGUGCAUGGAGGGUCCCGGAGAUGAGGAGGUCCCGUUGCACAGCAAGACGUCCCUGUAUCCUGGAGAAGACUGCACCACUUAUGGCUUAGAUAGAGAACAGUAUACUUGGGUGAAAAGAAGCAUGUCUUGUGUCUUGAAGUGCGGCUAUGAUGCAGGACUCUACAGUCGACUGUCUAAGGAAUUCACCGAUAUUUGGAUGACCGUUUGGGCCAGUUUAUGCUUCAUAUCCACUGCUUUUACCGUCCUUACAUUUUUGAUUGACUCAUCCAGGUUCUCCUACCCAGAGAGACCCAUCAUCUUCCUGAGCAUGUGUUAUAAUAUUUAUAGCAUUGCGUACAUUGUGAGGUUAACAGUGGGUCGGGAAAGAAUAUCCUGUGAUUUUGAAGAGGCGGCAGAACCUGUCCUCAUUCAGGAAGGGCUGAAGAACACAGGAUGUGCUAUUAUUUUCUUGCUUAUGUACUUUUUUGGGAUGGCUAGCUCCAUCUGGUGGGUUAUUCUGACAUUGACCUGGUUUCUCGCUGCUGGUCUCAAAUGGGGCCAUGAAGCUAUCGAAAUGCACAGUUCCUAUUUCCACAUUGCCGCUUGGGCUAUCCCAGCCGUGAAAACCAUUGUUAUAUUAAUCAUGAGACUUGUGGACGCUGAUGAGUUGACGGGCCUAUGUUAUGUUGGCAAUCACAACAUCGAUGCCCUCACCGGUUUCGUGGUUGCUCCACUUUUUACCUAUUUGGUGAUCGGGACUUUGUUCAUAGCUGCUGGCCUUGUGGCCUUGUUCAAGAUUAGAUCAAAUCUUCAAAAAGAUGGGACAAAAACUGACAAAUUGGAAAGACUGAUGGUGAAAAUUGGAGUCUUCUCAGUUUUGUACACAGUGCCAGCCACAUGUGUCAUAGCUUGCUACUUUUAUGAAAUCUCCAAUUGGCCGGUUUUUCGUUACACAGCCGAUGAUUCCAACAUGGCAGUGGAGAUGCUUAAGAUAUUCAUGUCUCUGCUGGUGGGCAUUACUUCUGGAAUGUGGAUCUGGUCGGCCAAGACGCUGCAUACAUGGCAAAAGUGUUCUAACAGAUUAGUAAACUCAGGAAAAGUAAAAAGGAAGAAAAGGGCCGACGCUUGGGUUAAGCCGGGUAAAGGAAACGAGACUGUGGUAUAGCUUGAGGUGAAACACAAUCUUCUCAAAUUCUCAAGAUGAACACUGUCAUAAAUUGAACUGCCCUACAGUUCAUGGAGACAUGGGACUUAGAAACUUAAGGGAUAACCCUACAGACUUCUAAGGGAUGUCCAUUCUACUGUAAUGUAAUGGCGCCCCAAAGUUGGCAAAAGUCUGGAUUCCUUCUGUCUUUGGUUUCAGAACUAAAGGUUGUCCAAGUGGGAAAAGCGAAUGACCUCAGGAAACAGAGAGCUAGACUCGUCCUUGUGUAGUAGCUCCAGGUGAUUUAUAACCCAUGAGCUUUUUUAUAUUUAAAAAACAAAAACUGUCCAAACAAAAUUUUUAUAGGUUACAUUGUGGUAAUGUCUUAUAUCUUGUACACAACUGGAAGGCUGCUUCCUAGACAACAGAUAAAGGGAUGGGACUAUCAAGCAGAGCUAAGAUACAAGGAACAUUUUAACCCAUUGCUUCGCCAGUGUGUUGACCCAUUGCCCCAAUGUGUAAACACUGCUCAAGGUGUCCUGCCGUAAGGGUGAAGCCACUGAACACUGGAAUGUCUAUUUAGCCUUUGAGUCAUGGUGCCUUAUGUUCUGAAAUAUCUUCAUUUUGUGUGUGUUACUGCCUAAUCUAUCUGAACAUCAACUACAGGAAGGUCUAAUCAUGAGAUUUUUGCUCUCCACGCAUUAUGGGCCAGGGCGAACACAACUUUUGUAGAUCACAAAUAAAAAUGUAACCACUGUGUAAGCCAAUUGACCUAUAAUAGACUAAAGAAAACAUCAAAAUUUUAGGUGCCAACUGUAAACUUUUAGGCACAUUGGCUAUGAUUUGUCCAGCCCCAAUAAUGGGCAAUGUAGCUCAACAUAGCCUGCCCCCUCUUCCCCCAUACUUCUUGCUCUUGUACACGAAGGGUCUAAUAGACAGAAGGUCCCUGGAUUUUUUUGUGUUUAGUUCAUGAUGCACUAAAACUGAAAAAAAAAAAAAAAUUAUAUAUAUAGGCUCAUAUGGAUUGAAAAGGAAUGAGAAACAAUGCACUAUUUUCUCUGUAUAUAGGAAUAGUAUAUGUGUGGUGCCUUUGUGAAUUAUAAGGUAAAAUAUUGAAAAAAAAGUAUUAACAUAUGGAACAUUACAACUCCUAUAUAGAUAGCAUUCUCCUGAUCUGCUGCUGUGAUGACGUCAGGCCUAUGGGAAGAAUAGUGUGCAACCAUUUUAUCAGCUGAGGUCACCUGACGCUCUAAUGAUGUCAUCAAGGCCAGAGGCACAUUUAUAGAUUUAUGUAGAGUAUGCCUUGCUGAUGUCACUAGUUCCUAAUUUCAUUCUUACCAGUUGUCAGCCUAUAAAAUGGCGGCCACUAUGAACAGGUGCUUCUUUAAUGACCUUCACGGACCCUGGGUUAAGAACAACUAUGCAACUUCUCACAAACUUUAGCCUCACCUGUUAAGACAAAUUCACACUCUUCAUAGCUACGUCAUAUGAUUGUUUUUACUUAUUCACUGGUUAGGUUGCUAUCUAUGUUACAUUUCUUUAUAUCUGAACCACAUGUUCCCCCCCCCCAAAAAAAAUUCUGUACUUUAUUUUUAGAGUUUUGUCUCAUAUAGUGGGAUUUUAUUUUUAUAGUGGCACACAAAAUGUUGGCUUCUACAGUAGAAGUCACUGUUGCCAAUGGAGCAGACAAGCCAUAAUACAAGGUGCUGCCCUCUACAGUAUGUGCUAGUAAAUGACGUAACAUGCUGCUGUAGAGCUGACCUCUACAGUAGGUGUCACGUUUGUCAAUGGAGAGGCAAAGCACUAUGGGAGAGAUUUACCAAAACCUGUGC